UCCAAGAGCUGUCACAGAGUCACCCAGGCCGUGCUGUGCACACAGCAGCCAGAGGGCUCCAGGACCCCCUGCUCCCCCCACCAGAGGGCACCAAAAUGGAGCAGAGCUUCUGGGAACAGCUCCAUCUGGUUCUUGCCCUCCUGCUGCUGAGUCUGGGGUCUGUUAUGACUGAAGAUGUCACUUACAGCUGCUAUGGGACUCCAGGCCUGCCAGGCUGGCCAGGUCUGCCAGGCAAGGAUGGCCGGGAUGGGCUGAAGGGAGCCAAAGGAGAGCCAGGCAUCCCAGCCACGCAGGGAAUGCAAGGGCCCAAGGGCAUGAAAGGGGAACCAGGUAGUCCUGGCUUGCCUGGCAAGACUGGCCCCGUUGGUCCCCCUGGACCCCCUGGAGACCCUGGAGCAACGGGCACGCCCGGGAAGCCGGGGAUGCCAGGCAUCUACAAGCAGAACCAGCAGUCAGCAUUCUCAGUGACCAGGCAGACCAGCGUGUACCCCUUGAAGAACGUCCCCGUGGUGUUCAACCACGUCAUCACCAACACCAACCAGGACUACAACACCACCACUGGCAAGUUCACCUGCAAGCUCCCCGGCCUCUACUACUUUGUCUUCCACGCCUCACAGACAGCCAACCUCUGUGUCAUCCUGUACAAGAGCGGGAGCAAGGUGGCCAGCUUCUGUGACCACAAGACCAACAGCGUGCAGGUCAGCUCUGGUGGGACCCUCCUGCACCUGGCUGCUGGCAACCAGGUCUGGCUGGAGGUGAACGACUACAACGGCAUGGUGGGCAUUGCCAACUCUGACAGCAUCUUCUCAGGGUUCCUGCUCUUCCCAGACUAAAGGACCAGCAGAGCCCACCCCAGCACACCAACCUCUUCACCCUGCCCUGCAAAUACUGGUGCUCCUUGCCAGGCUGUUCCUGAUGCUCCAGGUUUCUCUGCUGGGUGGGAAGCCCCAGCCAGGGGGUCAGCCUCAGCCACCAGACCCAACCCCCUGGCCAGGGGGCUGAGCUCAGGAGCCACUGAACAGGGGGAACAGGCGUGUCUGGAUGCACCUGCACCCCAAGUGAUGGUGCCAAGACCCCAGGUCUUGAUGGCACCCCCACCAUGAUAACCUCACCUUCCCUUCUGCUCCCAGACCCAGAGGUCUCUUUGCCUCUGUCCCCUUCCCACCUGGACUGCACCAGGAACAGCCAGGUGCCCUGGAGCAGACUGGCACCAGCACCUUCACCAUCACCCACCUCUGGAAAGUGUCAAUAAAACUCUCCCCAGUGCA